UUUAUUUAAAGAGCAAAUUCAUUUCUAAUACUAGAAAAUGGGAUGUUUUUCCUAAUGAUGAAUGAAACUCAUAUAUAUUAUUUUCGAAAUUAAAUAUAUGAUUAUUCUGUAAGCAGCUUAACACUAAAUGAAAACUCCUACUUACAUCCCAACAUGUUUUACAACGAUACGGAUAACUGCAAUGUGAGAAUGUAUUUCCAAUUCUGUGCUUCUGUGAGAAGCAUUUUAAUAAUGCCUGGACUGGUAUUAAACGUUCUCAUCCUGAUAGCUGUCUUUUUGUGCGUACAUAGUAAGAAGAAGUGCAUUAAGAACAGCAUUGUAGCCUACGUCGUGGGAAGCACAGCUUUCAAUAUUGUAAACCUUCUUUCCUGGCCUUUAAUGAUUGACUGGAGGAUUCACCAUAAAUGGCGCUUUAGUGCACCAACCUGUGAGCUAAUGGUCUAUGUAAAGCAGACAGCAAGUACUAUUUCUUUUUAUUAUGUCUCCUGUAUUUCAUUUUCCAUCUACAUAGCCAUUGUGUUUGAGUGUAAAAUAAACGAGCGCAAAUUGUUCACCAUUUUUCAGCUUUUCUUUCCAUGUUUUGUGCUGGUGACUGAAGAGCUGAUAGAACAUCUCCUUGGCUGGAAGGACAAUCAUUAUGAUCUUUUAUCUGAAACAUGCUUCACUAUCAUCAAUGACCAAACCAUGAAGAUCAGAAUGCUUUGUAAAAUCCUGCUUGGUCUUCCACUGACAGCAUAUUUUUACCUUCAUAUACUUCUCACAAUUUUCAAGAGUGCCCAGAUAAUGCAGAGGAGUCAAGCGACCAAUAAAAAACUGGCAAAAACAUUUUCAUCUAUCUGGUUAAUAACGUUCAUUGCACAUAUACCUGGAGGAACAUUGCCCCUAAUUGCAGAGAAGAACAUUUGUUUGGAAACUGCAACAGAAUUUUUGUUUGAUUUGCCAAUUUUCACCAAUCCCAUCAUCCUCUUUUGCAUGAACAAAGAGCUACGGAUGCAGUUCAAGAAGCUGAUGAGUGUGCGGGGCAAUUCCCAGUCAAGCACACAAAGCAAUGAUUUAGUAGCCUCAACUGAAGACAACAACAUUACAAACAGUUCUAAGGAGUCAAAGUUGGAAUCAAUAUAAGCUAACUGUUAACUAAGCAAAUAUAGUAUGAUGUAAAUUGCUAUAUAAUAAAAUAUAUACUGUAUAGUUUAGAUCCUUUAGUAGACAUUAUUUAUGUUCUUCUUGUUAGUAUACCUACACAGCAAAAUGCAAAGAACCAAUAAUAAACAUACAUAUCAAAUAGUACAGUAUUAUGAAAUGUUUUGCCUUUUAUCUGCAGUAAAAAUAUUGAAAAUUU